UCGCCGCAGAAACGCGCGCCGUAUGUAGUGGGUAUGAGCCAUAGGUUGCAAGGAGAACAAAAACUGCGACGCCAUGGCCGUUCCAGUGCUAUAUCCAGCUCAAGAUGUCGUAUCUGGGUCACCCACGUCCCCGGAAAGCCCGAGCGCACCGCCUAGCAGGACUCCGCGAGGGUACUACGUUUCCAACCACUGGCGAGGCGCUUCAUCGCGCACACAUUCGAAGACCAACAUAAAGAUCAAAAGCCCGUUGCUGUCGCCCGAGGAACAGUCUGAUCUGUCUGUGCCAAGCCUAGGAGGAAGCCCCAUGAUGUCGCCUCAUCUCAUGCAGACACAGUCGCCAGUGGAAAUAGUGUCGCCACAGGGUUCGCGAGUGGGAUAUAGCUUCGACAGCGACGAGAGCCACGGGCAUCACCAACGCGGCCGUCCCUGGUGGCAGGUGCUGUGGAUACUGCUCUCGGUAGCGUUCAUCACGCUGCUCAUCCCGCUGCUCGUGUUUCUACUGCCGUACACACGCAUGGGCCACCGGCCACCCAACGUGGACGUCACCAGAGUGUUCAGCAAGGUUAACCUCACUUCCAGCCCGUGGCCCGCCACGCAGAUGACAACGCCGGGCUUACCGAGGGAAACCUACGACCCUGAAGAGAACUUCCUCCUGCCGCCGGGCGAGACCAAGGAACAGUUCUGCACCAGGAAGAUUGGGCCAGAGUUAGGCCCUCCACGACCCCAUUACCCGCUGCCAGCGAUGCCGCCUUACGCUACGAGCCCGAACGAUAUACAGUUGCGGCCACUAAUCUGCGUCUUGAACGCUAAAUAUCAACGCUUCGAGGAGGUGUACCUGCUCCACUAUCUGCCGCUAGACUACUGCUCUUCGAUCGUCGUGUACAGCUACGCGGUGCACGGGACCUCCGGCAAGAUCUCAUACAAGUCCCUGAGCGUCGGAAUCUACGCGCGCACACUGUGGACCUUGAAGAACAGCGGCCGACUCAAGCACCGCACGAAUAACAUUACCGUGUACUUCACCGUCGGGGGAGAGCGCGAGGACAGCGCCAACUUUUCGUUGGUCGCCGCAAACGAUUCCCUUCUGCAAACCUUCGCGACAUUUGCGGCUCAUCAGGUUCGCCCCGGCGUAGAAUGGGAGGGAAUAAAUGUGGAUUGGAACUAUCCCGGAGACCAAUGCAGCCGUCUCGUCUCUACCGAGAACCUUUUCUUUCGCCUGCUAACCAAGCUUAACGACGCUGGUGUGCGCCUCAUUGUCACCGUCCCGCCAGUGAAGUCGCGGCUCAGUCGCUACAGCCUCGACAAAAGGGUCAGCGCAGUCGACUACGUCAUCAUCAAGACGCACACGCACACGGCGCCCCCAUCAUUGCGCAAUGUCGUCAGGUGCAGCGACGACCAGAGAGCAGCGGCAGACGUUUUCAACGCAGCGCUCAGCACGUUCAACAUGACCGACAAGGCGAAUCUGGGAUACAGCAUUUCGGUGGGUCCUGAGACUUUCAAGGCCCCGGCCGCCAAGCUGGGAGCUCCUGUGCUGGAUAUUAUCCAAUGGGACAACACCACGCGUCAGCCCGGCCGGACGAGCUACGCCUCCGUAUGCCGUAUACCUAUUCGCCCGACAGCCUGGCAUCCUCACUGCAUCAUGGUCGCCCGCCAGAUUGACAAUCAAACUGUGCACGUGGCGACGUUCGCCGACAAGCACGCGCUGCAUCAGCGCAUGAACCGCACGUACGAGGACCAAAUGGCCAUGGCGCCCGUGGCCGUGUUCGACAUCGACCUGGACGACGUCGAGGGAAACUGCACUGGCGUCAUGUCGCCGCUCAUACGUGCCGUGGCCACGGGGCCCGGCUGACUUGUUCGGUGACGACGGGGGACGCGCAGGGAUUGAUUGACCAGGAAGCGGCCUCACUCCCUGCACGAGACACGCCUCGCCGACGGCGCGGCACAACAGGCGUGCGCGGAUCUCGGAGUUUCAUUCCGGAAGCAAAAGGAGUCGUUUCCCUAGGUUAAAUGAGCCACCUCGAAUUGACGGCUCGAAUUUGCUGUCCUGAACGAAAAUGUUUUGUCAUAACGUAGGUGCGAGAUAGCGCGGACGAUCUAGUCCUUUUUUUUUUCUCCGCCAGUAAUAAACGCUUCUUUGACUUGAAA